UCUUGCUAAUGAACAUGCAGCCCCGUUUAGAGAAUGUAAAUCAGCUGGCAAGACACCUGCCAAGUCAAGUGUGUUAUCCUAAUGUAAUGGGUGACUCAAUACACAUUCCUAUGCUGGAGAUUUAAAUAAUCCCUUAGAGCGCUGCUGAGAGCACCAGAGGCUUUGGCAGACAGACGAAAACCUACCAAAGAGGAUGAACAAGCUGCAGAGACUGCUUCAGAACAGGAUCCUGAUCCUGACAGUAUGUGCUGCUGGGAUUGGAGGCACUUUCCAAUACGGUUACAACAUAUCCAUUAUCAAUGCUCCAACUUCAUACAUCCAGGUGUUCAUGAACAAAACCUGGCAGGAGCGCAUGGGAGUUCCCCUAGAGGACAACAUGAUCCUGCUGCUCUGGUCUCUCACUGUUUCUGCGUACCCUCUGGGGGGACUCGCCGGGGCUGUUGUUGCUGGUCCCAUGGCCAUCAUGUUGGGAAGGAAGACGUCCCUGCUGGUUAACAACGUCUUUGUGAUCACAGCUGCUGUCUUGUCAGGAUUCAGCCAAAUGGCCAAAUCCUUUGAAAUGAUAAUGCUCAGCAGAUUCUUUACUGGCGUGAAUGCAGGUGUAAGCAUGAACAUUCAGCCCAUGUAUCUGGCGGAAAGUGCCCCAAAGAAGCUCCGAGGAGCUGUGGCCUUGACCUCCGCAUCUUUUACAGCCCUGGGGUUGGUGCUGGGGCAGGUUGUUGGACUCAGAGAGCUCCUAGGAGGGGAGGAGAGCUGGCCGUUCCUUUUAGCUAGCAAUGCAGUGCCUGCCCUAAUCCAGCUCAUGGCUCUGCCUUGGUUUCCUGAAAGUCCCAGAUACCUCUUGAUUGACCGUGGAGAUAGAGAAUCCUGCAUCUCUGCCCUGCAGAAGCUCAGAGGCAACAGCGACCUGGGAGCAGAGCUGGAAGAGAUGCUGGCUGAACAGGCCGCCGCUAAAGGUCAGAGGGCGAAGAAGCCUUGGGAGCUGUUCCAAAACCCAGCUGUGAGGUGGCAGCUGAUGAGCAUCAUCGUGCUGAGCAGCGCCAUGCAGCUCUGCGGGAAUGAUUCGAUGUAUUUUUAUGCAGCUUACGUGUUCCAGGAGGCUGGGAUUCCUCAGGAUAAAAUCCCGUAUGUUGUCAUCGGCACGGGGAGCUGUGAACUGAUCACAUCCGUUACUUGUAACUUGAUUAUAGACUAUGCUGGUCGGAGGCCACUGCUGCUGGGGGGCUAUAUCUUCAUGGCAGGAUGGGCCGUUGUCUUCAUGGUCGCCCUAAGCCAGCAGACUCGGAUCAGCUGGAUGCCCUAUCUCAGCAUGGCCUGCAUUUUCGCCUACAUCCUGAGCUUUGGAAUUGGACCAGCUGGUGUAACAGGAGUUCUGCCCACCGAGGUUUUUGACCAGAUGUCCCGGCCAGCUGCUUACAUGAUCUGUGGCUCCCUGCUCUGGUUCAACCUCUUUCUGGUCGGAACAGCCUUCCCGUUCAUUGUGAAAAGUCUAGCACAUUUCUGCUACGUCCCGUUCCUUGUGGUCUGCAUCUGCACUGCUCUCUACAUCAGGCUCUUCCUCCCUGAGACAAAGGGGAAGUCCUUCCUGGAAAUCUCGGAGGAGUUCAGGAAACGGAACUUCAAAGCUCAGAGCCACACAGCUUUGUAUAAAGGCCCUGAGGAGAUCAAAUCCACCGUGUUGUAGCAGAGGGAAGGAGAAUGGCACCUGGGCAAAUUCAGCAGUGGCUAUGUUCUCUUGCAGGGACACAGAGAGAGGAGGAGGGUUAGGGAUAAUAUAUUACUCUUAGGUUCACCUUGAAAAAAUUUUAGGGCGAUGCAGAAAAUGCAGCCGUUAGGUCCACAUUACUUAUUUACUUCGUUUGUAAACUCCUCCUAAGCCACCAUUUGCUUUCCCUUCCUGCCUGAAACACUAACAUGGACUUGUCCUUUGUCAGCCCUGGGGACAUUCUCAGUGACUGGUUUCCUGACAAACCAUCUGGAAGUUUCUUGUUAAAAAUAGGUCAUGGGUGACACGAUAGUUCCACUUAAAUACUUUCAAACAGGUAAAUCAGAGAAAUGCCUGACAGCAACAUAAUACAGAUAGGCAAGGGAUCUGAUCAUUUCUCUCUAGGUUGUUGGUAGAUGCUACAAACUGUAGUGAGCCGCCUCUCCACCUGCUGAAUGCUCUAACACUUGAUAAACUAUUUUCUUGCUACACAGCUUAAAAAAUUGUCCUGCUGCUCACUUCCAUGAGUUGAAAUGCGAAGUAUUUGCUUCCAACCAACACUGAGACUCAGGCCACACUGCCAGGUACCUAAAUACUGAAUGAGGAUACUGUGUUUAGGUAUUGAAAUCUGAAAUUUGGCCCCAAAGGCUGAGUUUAAGAUUGGUCUUGAUUAA